AUGGGGUUCAACAAACAAAACUUAAUAGCCGUAUGCUCCGCAGCUUUGAUCCUAAUUACUUAUGUCCCUCUAGCAAGUACAGUCGAAGACGACAGUGGCUUCCUCAAAGCACACAAUGAGAUUCGCAAAGAGCACGGUCUCCCGCCACUGCAAUGGAAUAAAACCUUAGCUGAGUAUGCACAAAAUUAUGCCAAUAAAAGAUCUGGGGACUGCGCAAUGGAGCAUUCAGAUGCUCCUUAUUCUGAGAACAUUGCGAGUGGUUUGGGUAUGACCGGUGAAGCAGCGACAAAGUACUGGUGCACCGAGAAAGCCGAAUACGACUACAACACAAAUAAAUGUAUCGGUCCUGAGGAAGACGGUUGCCGCCACUACACUAUUAUAGUUACGAGGAUAACAACCCAACUUGGUUGUGCAAGGGCCAAGUGCAAAAAUGGCGAUAUGUUUGUAUCCUGCAACUAUGAUCCUUCUGGAGAGCCAGACCAGCGUCCUUACUAA